AUGUUCCUCUCAAAAUCUGAACCUUUCUGUGUCGCUACUUGUUCCUUUACUGGUUUGCUUCGCAACUACGUUCACAUCUUAGAUGUUGAUGAAAUCGGAGGUGUUGAUGUAGCUGACAUCCCCUUCUCCAUCGCCAGUAUAGCGUCGGCUCCGCGUUGGGGUGAGAAGAUCCUCCUCUGUUUCUCUUCUUAUCUCCAAACUUCCAGCUUGCGGCAAACCUCUCCAUGUUUCGUCAUCGGCGCUAGACCUUGUCUACCAUUAGAGUCUUUCUAUCAUAAUCGCCUAGGAACACUCAGCAUUGGCAUUGUCAAUCCAGAAAAAGGCUGCGUCAUUCGUUUACCAAAGAAGGUGUCUGUGGAUUUGGUGCACAAUGAUCUUAAUGAUACUAUGGUAACGAUUGGUGCAUCUCAUGGUUGGGUAGCUAGUUUGAAGAACGAUGGAAUCCUGCGUCUCCAUGACGAUCUAAACCCCUAUGCACUGUAUGAAGAUCCCAUUUGCAUCCCGCUACCUCCUCUUGUGACUCUACCUCACUGCCAAACCAAAAUCAUCACCAACGUGUCAAUGUCAUCAUCUUCUCCAGAGAAUAAUGAGGACUGUGUCGUGGCUGUCAAGUUCUUGGGACCUCAAUUCAGCUUUUGCAAACCAGCCGGUAAGAGUAGUACACCAGAGUGGACCAACAUCAAGAUCGAAAACCCUUGCUUCUACUCCUCCCGUGUCAUGUUUUCCAAAAAGGACAACAUGUUUCGUAUUCCCGGAUCUGGAGGCCACCUCAUCGGCUCAUUGGAUCUCUGCGAACCUAACGAUAAACUCAAGUUGCAGUGCGUUGGAUUUGAAAACCUUCCUCCUAAGCUACCCACUCCCGUACGCGAGCUUAUGGAUUCAUGCUGCAUGAGCCAACACUUGGUGGAAUCAACACCCACCGGUGAGACUUUCUUGGUUAAGCAGUACAGGAAGACAGCCGAAGGUGUUGCUAGAAUGAAAACAGAAUAUUUAAUGGUGUUCAAGCUAGAUGAUGAAGGAAACGCUCUUUACACUGAAGACAUGGGAGAUCUGACCAUGUUCCUCUCAAAGUCUGAACCUUUCUGUAUCCCUUCUACUUCCUUUCCUGGUUUUAAGCCUAACAGGGUUCACAUCUUGGAUUUCGAAGAAACCGCAUGUGUCUUCUGGUGGAUGGUUUCCCCUUCUUUGUUUCAACUGAUAAAAACUAGAGGUGGCAAUUCAUGA